UUAGACGGGACCCCGCGCAAGUCAUUCUUAACAUUAACGGCGAUUAAGAAUAUUGUUACCAGCAGUUGAGGUAUUCUGACUCUUGUAAAGGAACAACAUGGUCUCUGUUUUCAUCAUUGGUAUAACUUGUUUGAUGACAUGCUUUUCAGGUCUGUCAAAUGGACAAUGUAACAUGGCAGAAGUCUUGCAAUGUUAUACCGGUGGACAACUGCCGAACAAUAUGACAGAUCUUCAGACUGCAUGCACAUCUGUGAGCCAGGUGUUGUCCUGUCUUAACCCAUAUCUUGGUUCCUGUACAUCCGAUUCAAACUUUCAGCAGAUGAUGGCUAACCUUACUUUGAUUUCAGCUGUUUGUGCUGCUGGAUCUAAUUGCAGCAUUCAACAGUGCUACACUGACGCUGGAAUAGAUAUGAAUAGCAAUGGAGACAUGGCAUCAAAUGUGUCCUGCGAGAAAUUUCGUUCAAUUCAGAGUUGCUUUGAAAGUAUUAGAAGUGCAUGCGCCGGAAACUUCCUCUACACUAUGGCCCAGACCUUUCUCCAGCAAGCGGAAGCAUUGUGUGGUGGUUCUGGCGGCUGUGAUCUACUGCAAUGUUUUUCUGGCGCUGGAUCAGAUAUAAGUAUUUUGAACAAUGAUCCUAGGAACAUGAGCUGUGGAAACUUUGUAGCGGUGUAUCCCUGUCUUCUGAACCAAAAAAGCGCAUGUGCAGGAAACAUGAUGUACACUCUCUUUGAGAGCUAUUUUCCAGAUUAUGAAGGCAGAUGUGGACAACAAGGUCCUCGAGAUGUUGGGAACUCGGCAAUUCCGGAUCUCUGGAUUCUACUCCCAGUUGUACUUAAGUUGCUAGCGGUCAUUGCUUCCUAAAAUCAAAUUAUCUUUUCUUCGUACAGAACAUUCCAAAAAUUUGCAAAUAACAUUUGUCAGAAUCAAGACAAAACAAGCCAUUCUCUUCAUUGCAAGUCUUAUCCCAUCAUGGAUUGAGGUGUUACAUGGAUUCGGGUCUAUAUUAUAUUACACAUUAAAAGCCUUCGACAGAAAAAUUGAGAAAAAAGGUGGUAUAAGCUUGAAAAAAUCCAAAAAGGGAAAAAGAACAAAAACAUACAUUUCUGCUUUGAAAUCGUUUGUAAAUAUGUUUGUAAAUAUAUGUACAUGUAUGUAAUUAUGUAUGCUUGUAUGAUUGUGUAUUUGAUAAGUCAAGUCAGGUUUGUACUGAUUAAAGAAUUUUUGAUUGU